AUGUCGACCUACAAACUAUACUAUUUUAAUGGACGUGGUCGUGCUGAAGUUUCUCGUUUAAUAUUUGCUGCUGCUGGUCAAAAAUAUGAAGAUAUUCGUUAUGAAGGUAGUGAAUGGCCAUUACAUAAAAGUGAAAUGCCUUUAGGUCAAAUGCCUGUUCUUGAAUAUAAUGGAACAAAAUUACCACAAUCAUUAUCAAUUGCUCGUUUUCUUGCUAAACAAUUUCAAUUAGCUGGUAAAGAUAAUUUUGAACAAGCUAAAGUCGAUGCUGUAGUUGAUACGAUUAGUGACGCUAUAGCAAAAUAUGUAUCAGCACGUUGGCCAUCCGAUGAAACAAAAAAAGAAGAACUUAUGAAGAAAUUUUUUGCUGAUGAAUUACCAAAACAUUUACAAAAUCUUGAAGUUUUAUGUAAAUUUUAUGGUAAUGGUGGUCCAUUUUUUGUUGGUAAUCAUUUAACAUGGGCAGAUUUAUUGUUCUAUGAUCUUGGAGAAACUUUUCUUGAAAUAAAUGAAAAUUGUUUAAAUAGUUAUCCAUGGUUAAAACAAAAUGUUCAAGAAGUUGCAAAACAACCAAAGAUUGCAGAAUAUCUCAAAAAUCGACCAAAAACAGAUUUAUAA